AUGCGAGGCGCUACCUUCUCGCCUAUCGUCAUGACGGGGGGCGAGCUAGACAACAUCAUUCGGGACGUGGCCCACCCGCACCCGGGCCUGCACGCGCUGCUUACCUUCAGCGCCAUCGACAUCGCGGCGUUCUCGCCGCCGCCCCCCCCGGGGGUAGCGGCGGUGACACGUACGUUCGACGUGCACCUCGACACCUUCAUUCGCGUCCUGGAAGUGUUCAUCAAGGACGGCAUGGCAGGCGCCUCUCCGGCCGGGGCCGACCGUGUUGGCCUGUUUUUCCGGGAACUCUUCAGGAUCUCCGAGGACCUCCGCCGGUACUCGUCCCGCCACUGCGCCGAGUUCAAGGGCCGCGAGGCCGACGUCUUCGCCAGGUUCAAGCAAGACGCCAACCUCGAUUGGGCCGAUUUCGUCAGUCGUCUGACCACCGAAGCUAGGGCGCUCCGGCAGCGCAACACCCUGGCCCCCCCACCCCCCAAUACGGUGGGGGCGAUCCAAGUUCCGCAGUUCUCAAGGACGUUGGUCCUGAUUGCGGAGGGUACGGCUUUUUCGAUGGUGGGUCUCCUGCAGGGGGGUCUAGCCCGUCAACAACAGUCAAAACCGUCGUCCGCGAGCACCAAACGCAAGGCGACUUCGCAGGGUCAUCCUGCACGCGCCCCCGUGGCCCCAGUCCCAUCCUCUUCCACGGCAGCCGCCACCGCGUUUGCACAGACCGUCGCCGCCUGGAACACUCCCAACAACGAGUGCUUCUACACGUGGUCGGGCACGACCUGCACACGCCCGCAGUGCGAGAAGGGGCACACCCAGCGGCACCCGUCACUCUUGCCUGCUGUUCCUCCCCCCCCCCCCCUCCGCCCGCUCCGCCCGCUCGUGCCCCCCCUGCCCCGAGAGCGACACAAGCACCAGUCGCGAGGUACAGCCACGGAGGCGGCCGAGGAGGAGGAGCAGCGGGAGGAGGAGGAGGUGGAGGGAGUGCGGGAGGAGGCCGUGGCGGUACCAAUCCGUGACGGUGCGGGCCCCACUUUCACGAGGUGGGGCCGACAAGGGGGGGUGGCGAGCUUGGCACGGGAGCGAACGCCUUCGCUGACAGCAGAAGGACAGUAGCGAGCAUGGGAGUUCCCCUUCCCGGGUCGGUGGCACCCGCUGUGUUUUACGGAACUCAGGGAAAGGAUGGCCGGGGAGGCACGAGCGCCGAGGGGGAGCGGUUGGUCAUCGCACUCACCUUCGGGUCUUUGGGAAGUGGUACCAACAAGGUGUAUCAAAGGAUGUGGAACACGUGGAAGGAGGCUCGAGCAGGGGAGGUUCGGGCCCGUGGCUCCGCGAGAGCGAUGGGGUGGAAAGUGCGCUUCAAAAAUCUGGGCGGACGACUCGGGGCUCGUGCACUCGGAUUUUCGUCUGACAAGAGGAGACCUGGGUUUCUUUUGCGGUCCGGUAAGGGUUGCAUGGGCAGACCGGAGGCAGGCUAGCCAAGUGGAAGUCACGUUCAGAGCGUCAAAAGCAGAUCAAAAACGUUUGGAAGAUCACAAGAUCGGGAGUAGCGUUGAAGGUGUUACUCGAUCUGUUAGAUCUGCACCCCGAGCUUGGGAGUCAUGCGCCGUUGAUGCAAUCGUGGGCACAAGACAAGUAGAAGGUUAUUUCGAGGGCAGAGGCAUCGAGACACCUCAGGUUACUCGUGAGUGCGGCGGGUAGAGACCCACAGAAGUACGCGUUGCAUUCAGGAAGGAUCGGGGGGGCCACGCACCUAGCAAGUAUGGGGGCGUCGGUAAUUCAGAUCCAGAGAGCCGGAAGGUGGAAAUCAUCGGCUUUCAUGGUGUACGUUAGGGUGGGGGGUGAAGGAGCAAAGUUUGUGUCUCAGGCCCUUACGGAACCCGAGGAGUGACCAGGGAGCGGAGGAGUAGGUCAUCGGACAUGCCCAAUGGAGUAAGAUAUGUUGAGGCCAGAGGCCGAAACAAUAG